CUCACGCCGGCGCGGGCGGGCGGGCGCGCACCGCCGAGUGACGCCGGAGGAGGAAAGGCAGCGCCCUUCCCCUUCCCUCGCCGCCCGGGGCCCAGCGGGAGCCCCCCAGUGCGCCUGUGCGGAGGCCUCCUUGAUUAUGUGUGCCCUCUCCGGGCUGCAGCGCUAGCCGCCGGGCGUUAGGUGGGGAGGGAAGAAGACCCGGAGGAGGCGGAGGAGGCGGUGGAGGGGAAGUGGGGGGGAGUCAGCAAGGACAUGGCUCCUGACUCCUGUGCGGAACGUGAGUGACUGAGCGGCAAAGCCCGAAUGGUCUCUAGCGACCGGCCCGUGUCUCUGGAGGACGAGGUCUCCCAUAGUAUGAAGGAGAUGAUUGGAGGCUGUUGCGUUUGCUCAGACGAGAGAGGCUGGGCCGAGAACCCACUGGUUUAUUGCGACGGGCACGGCUGCAGCGUCGCGGUGCAUCAAGCUUGCUAUGGCAUUGUUCAAGUACCCACUGGACCAUGGUUUUGCAGGAAAUGUGAAUCACAGGAGAGAGCAGCCAGAGUGAGAUGUGAACUGUGUCCUCAUAAGGAUGGAGCUUUAAAAAGAACAGAUAAUGGGGGUUGGGCUCAUGUGGUUUGUGCCCUGUAUAUUCCAGAGGUACAAUUUGCCAAUGUUUCUACAAUGGAACCAAUUGUUUUACAGUCUGUUCCACAUGAUCGUUAUAAUAAGACUUGCUACAUUUGUGAUGAACAAGGAAGAGAAAGCAAAGCAGCCACUGGUGCUUGUAUGACAUGUAAUAAACAUGGAUGUAGACAGGCUUUCCAUGUGACAUGUGCUCAGUUUGCUGGACUACUUUGUGAAGAAGAAGGGAAUGGUGCAGAUAACGUCCAAUACUGUGGCUACUGUAAAUACCAUUUUAGUAAGCUGAAAUAUAAGGAAAAGGAUAAACACAAACAAAAACAUAAGAAGCAACCAGAACCAUCACCUGCAUUGGUUCCUUCUUUGACUGUUACUACAGAAAAAACUUAUACGAGCACUAGCAGCAACUCUAUAUCUGGAUCAUUGAAGCGCUUGGAAGAUACUGCAGCACGAUUUACAAAUGCAAAUUUCCAGGAAGUUUCUGCGCAUACAACUAGUGGAAAAGAUGUUUCAGAGGCUAGAGGGUCGGAGGGCAAAGGGAAGAAAUCUUCAACUCACAGCUCAGGUCAAAGGGGAAGAAAGCCUGGUGGAAGAAAUCCAGGAACGGCUGUGUCAGCUGCUAGUCCUUUCCAGCAAGGUAGUUUUUCAGGAACUCCAGGCAGUGUAAAAUCAUCUUCGGGAAGUUCAGUACAGUCUCCCCAGGAUUUCUUGAGCUUUACAGACUCAGAUCUACGUAAUGACAGUUAUACUCACUCCCAACAGUCAUCAUCAACCAAAGAUGUACAUAAAGGAGAGUCUGGAAGCCAGGAAGGGGGGGUAAAUAGUUUUAGUUCCAUAAUUGGUCUCCCUUCGACCUCGGCUGUUAUUUCACAGCCUAAAAACUUUGAAAAUUCACCUGGAGAUUUGGGUAAUUCCAGCCUUCCUACAGCAGGAUAUAAGCGGGCUCAAACUUCUGGCAUAGAAGAAGAAACUGUAAAGGAAAAGAAAAGAAAAGGAAAUAAACAAAGUAAGCAUGGGCCUGGUAGACCCAAAGGAAACAAAAAUCAAGAGAAUGUUUCUCAUCUCUCAGUUUCUUCUGCUUCACCAACAUCAUCUGUAGCAUCAGCUGCAGGAAGUAUAACAAGCUCUAGUCUUCAGAAAUCUCCUACAUUGCUCAGGAAUGGAAGUUUACAAAGUCUUAGUGUUGGCUCAUCUCCAGUUGGUUCAGAAAUUUCCAUGCAGUAUCGGCAUGAUGGAGCUUGUCCAACAACUACUUUCUCAGAGUUGCUGAAUGCAAUACACAAUGGUAUUUAUAACAGCAAUGAUGUAGCAGUAUCAUUUCCAAAUCUAGUAUCUGGCUCAGGAUCUAGUACUCCUGUCUCCAGUUCUCAUUUACCUCAGCAGUCUUCUGGGCAUUUGCAACAAGUGGGAGCUCUGUCUCCAUCAGUGGCAUCAUCUGCAACCCCUACUGUUGCUACAACUCAGGCAAAUGCCCUAUCUGGAUCUUCUCUUAGUCAGGCACCAUCUCAUAUGUAUGGCAAUAGAUUAAAUCCAAAUUCUUCAAUGGCAGCUCUUAUAGCUCAGUCUGAAAACACUCAAACAGAUCAGGAUCUUGGAGACAAUAGCCGCAGCCUUGUUGGCAGAGGAAGCUCACCCCGAGGAAGUCUCUCACCAAGAUCCCCUGUAAGCAGCUUACAGAUUCGCUAUGACCCACCAGGCAACAGCAGUUUGGAAAAUCUGCCUCCAGUAGCAGCCAGCAUAGAACAGCUUUUGGAGAGGCAGUGGAGUGAAGGACAGCAAUUUUUAUUAGAACAGGGCACUCCUAGUGACAUUUUAGGAAUGCUGAAAUCAUUACACCAACUUCAAGUUGAAAAUCGAAGAUUAGAGGAACAAAUUAAAAACUUAACUGCCAAAAAGGAACGCCUUCAGUUAUUGAAUGCACAGCUCUCAGUGCCUUUUCCAGCAAUAACAACAAAUCCUAGUCCAUCUCAUCAAAUUCAUGCAUUUUCAGCACAGAAUGCUCCUACUACUGAUUCCUUGAACAGCAGUAAGAGCCCUCAUCUAGGAAACAGUUUUUUACCUGAGAAUUCUCUUCCUGUACUAAAUCAGGACUUAACCUCCAGUGGACAAAGCACCAGCAGCUCAUCAGCUCUUUCUACUCCACCUCCUGCUGGGCAGAGUCCCGCUCAGCAGGGCUCAAGCGUUAGUGGAGUUCAGCAGGUCAAUGGUGUGACGGUGGGGGCGCUGGCUAGUGGAAUGCAGACUGUAACAUCCACCAUUCCUACAGUGCCUGGAGUGGGUGGGAUAAUUGGAGCUUUGCCAGGUAACCAACUGGCAAUUAAUGGCAUUGUAGGAGCUUUAAAUGGGGUUAUUCAGACUCCUGUCACAAUAUCCCAGAACCCUACCCCCCUCACCCAUACAACUGUACCACCUAAUGCAACUCAUCCAAUGCCAGCUACACUGACUAACAGUGCCUCAGGACUAGGAUUACUUUCUGACCAGCAAAGACAAAUAUUUCUUCAUCAACAGCAAUUUCAGCAGUUGUUAAAUUCUCAACAGCUCACGCCAGAGCAACAUCAGGCCCUUCUGUAUCAGUUAAUGCAACAGCAUCACCACCAGCAACACCACCAACCUGAACUACAGCAGCUACAGAUCUCUGGACCAACACAAAUACCAAUAAACAACCUACUUGCAGGUACUCAGGCACCACCACUUCACCCAGCUACCACCAACCCAUUUCUCACCAUCCAUGGCGAUAAUGCAAGUCAGAAAGGAACAAGACUUAGUGAUAAAACCGGGCCUGUUGCUCAAGAGAAAAGUUGACAGUUGAGAAAUGGCUAAAAAUUGCCUGUCCUGCUGUCCUAGCACUUCAUUGGCUGCUGUUGCAGUCCUCUUACUACACCUAUGAAGAAACGCAACAAGAAACUAACCGCACAACAAAGGACUAAUUGCCACAAGGACAUUCUUUUAAGGCUUUGAUUAAUUUUCUUGUUGCUUUGUUGCACUGAAAUGGAAUUCCCAUGUCCCCCACCCCUCACUCAGAUUUUUUGAACUUUGAAAGAAAAUUUAAUGACUAACUUUUGUCAGUGAAAUAAUUUACAUGCAAUGCGUUCAUCAACCUAAGAGAAAUUUAAUAUAGUUGGUACACAACUAAUUUUGUUACAAAUUGGAGAGAUGAACAGCAAAACUAAAGACUUGCUUCAUUUAUAAACUAUUUUAUCUCGUAUGAGUUGGAAUGAAGCUUGUCUGGGUAACAAGUAUAUUUUGUUUGGAUUACAGUGUGCUUGCUCUUUAAGUCAAAACUUAAAACAAAUUUCAAGGAACUGUCCAAUUUCUUCUGGAGUUUUAUUGGUUAUUGCAAAUAAAUAGGUCACCAACAGGGACUUGGCAGUCUUUGUUAUAAAAAUUUCCUUUCUAAUGGGAUUUGGCCAAUUUUGGUAAUCAAGUUAGGAGGAUAAUGUCUGUUUCUGCUAAAGGUAAUUUUCUUUUGCUAAAUGCUUUUUCUUUAGUGUUAAGACCAACUCAUAUUUCAACAAAGCUUUGAGUUAAGUGAGUUCUAAGGCUGCUGGGGGAACCAGAUCAAUUCAAAGUGAAAGAUUUCUUUCAGAAAGAGGGGCCACUCUGGAAACUGAUGGUAGGGUUUGGCCUGAAUCAAGUGCCUGUUAGUAUCUCCAUGGUGUUGAAAUGGCUCUAAACAGCUGAGCUUGCACUAUACUAUACUUACUCAGUCCUUGUGAGUAGCAGGGAUAGUCAGUGUUGCACCAGCAGCCUUCCCCAUGGUUCUGCCUUUAUUAAAAACUUUCUAUGCCACCAUAGAUAGCUCAGGCAAAACUAUUACCUGGGUAUUUAUCCACUAAUGAGUCACAAGGAAAUGAGUGGAUUUGGUAAGAAUUUUUGUUUUUUUAAUUUAAAAACUUCCCAUUUCUGAUAAUUGAUUUCAAACAAACAAAAUAAGACAAGCAACCGACCACGACAGUUCCUGAAAUAGGUGAAAUCUGUAUGACAGACCUUCUACUUUGGGUAGCCACACUCCUGGUGUGACAGGAUGGCUGUGUAUAAAUUAAACAAUUGGGAACGCAAUCAUUGAACUGUUCUUAAAUGUGUGAGUUAUUAGUGGAAAAGACCCAGCUGUAAUUAGACCUCCACUGUGUACUUAGCUGGAAGAACAUGUUAAUUCUGCAAUAUGUCUCUUGGUUAAACAUUGCACAGUUCUUACCUCAUUUCUGUAAAUAAGGUUUUGUGAAUCUGUUUUGUAUUGUGAAAAAUUCAUAAGAUAACAUUGAUAUUUUGAUUUGUAAUAUUUCUAAUUAGUAGAUUUAAUUGAAAAGUAAAAUUAAUUUAUUUUUAUAUGUUCAGGGGAAUUUUAAAGAAAGUCAAAUCUUUUGUAGAUAAUUUAAAAAAAUCGGUGUGGUUUAUUUUACUUAUUUAACCCACUGAUUGUUAUUCUGUAACAAUUUGUAUAAAUGGCAAAUUUUGAAUGUGUUGUUAUUUUACCUAGAUGUAAAAUUCCACAUGUAUUAAAGAAAAUGUACAAAGUUUUUGUUAAUAAAAUUUAAUAA